AUGAUGCAGCAACAAGCUCGCUCCUCAAUAAACUGAUCCAUCGCACCCUUGUGGAAUCUCCUCACACCGUGGAGGUUUUGCAGAGGGACCCCUCUUCCCCGCUAUACUCUGUUAAAUCUUUUGAGGAGCUGCGAUUGAAGCCUGAAUUACUAAAGGGAAUUUAUGCCAUGGGUUUUAAUCGACCAUCAAAAAUUCAAGAAACCGCUCUGCCGAUGAUGCUUGCUGAUCCACCCCAGAACUUGAUCGCACAGAGCCAGUCGGGGACUGGGAAAACCGCAGCUUUUGUGUUGGCGAUGCUCAGCCGCGUGAACGCCGGGAAGAAAUACCCCCAGUGCAUCUGCCUUAGUCCGACGUUUGAAUUGGCCCUGCAGACAGGACAUGUCGUAGAGCGAAUGGGAAAGUUCUGCGCCGGGGUUCAAGUCGCCUAUGCUGUCCGAGGAAACAGGCCAGCUAGAGGCAGCCGCAUCGAGGCCCAGAUAAUAAUCGGCACUCCCGGCACGGUCAUGGACUGGUGCUUUAAACUCAAGCUCUUCGAUGUCGCAGACAUUUGUGUCUUGGUGCUGGACGAGGCCGACAUCAUGAUUGGUGUCCAGGGUUAUUCGGAUCACAGCGUUAGGGUGAAAAGAGCGAUGCCCUCAGAAUGUCAGAUGCUCCUUUUUUCCGCUACUUUUGAGGACUCAGUAUGGUGCUUUGCAGAGCGUAUCGUCCCUGACUCCAACAUCAUCAAACUGAAGAAAGAAGAGCUGACGCUAGAUAAUAUCCAGCAGUUCUACGAUGCUUGUGAAAGCAAGGAACAAAAAUAUUGCGCACUUACUAACAUCUAUGGGGCGAUCACGAUUGCACAGGCCAUCAUCUUCUGCCAGACACGAAAAACCGCCAGCUGGCUCUCCCGCGAGAUGAGGAAGGACGGGCAUUGCGUGGCGUUGUUGAGUGGAGAGUUACCAGUCGCUCAGAGGGCCGACAUGAUCCAAAGAUUUCGGGAGGCGAAAGAAAGGGUGCUGAUUACGACAAAUGUCUGCGCCAGAGGGAUUGACGUGGAGCAGGUGUCCAUUGUAGUAAACUUUGAUCUCCCGUUGAACAUGGACGGGGCGGUCGACUUUGAAACGUAUCUGCACCGUAUUGGCCGCACCGGACGAUUUGGAAAAAAGGGCUUCGCUGUCAAUCUUGUGGAAAAGUGCAGCCUCUCUAUGUUGCAUGACAUCGAAGAUCACUUCAAAACGAGAAUUACGAGAUUGAACACCGGAGACAUGGAUGAAAUUGAGAAAAUCUACCAAUGAAGUGAGGAGCGGCAGCCGCUUCUUUUCAGUUUGUUUGUUUUUUGCAUUUUUCUGUAAAUCUUUGUUAUUAUUAUUAAAUAUCGACAUAAAGACGAAGCACUUGGAUCUCACUGGAUUGUUCUGUUUGCAUUUAAAUUCUUCCAGACUCACUCAUUUGUUGUUCUAUAAAAUGUAUAU